AUGAAUAUAGUGGUAACAAAUUAUGGGAUAUUAAGCAAAAUUUUUAUUAGAAAAUAUUUAGGAAAUAAAAUAAAUACAAUCAAAUGGUCACACAAAAAUAUUUGCACCUAUCAUAUAUAUAUAAAAAGAUAUUAUCAUUUUAAAAAUGGAAGUAAUAUAAAAUGUAAAAAUAAUGGUGUCAUGAAUAAAGAUAUGAAUUUUAUAUGUGAUGAACUGAAAGGAAAAGAUAUAGAUAAUAAUUUUAUGAAUUCAAUUGAUAAUAAUAGUAGUUGUAAUAAUAUUAAUAUUUUAUAUAAAGAUGGAAAUAAUAACGACAAGGUUAAUAUAUCAAAAAAAUGUGUACGAAAAAAAGUUAUAAGAGAUACAGUUAUAAAUAAGAUUAAGGAAAGCACAUUAUCCUUACUAAAUUUAGAAAUAGAAGAAUUACAUUAUGAAGAAUUAAUAAAAUAUAAGAAUAUAAAAAAUGUUGUAGUAAUGAAAAAUAAAUUGAUAAUAUUAAAAUAUCUUAAUAGCUAUUUAUUAAAAAAUAAUAAAGGCAAAUAUUAUAUAUUAAAAGUGUUAAUGUUUUAUAUUGUUAAAGAUAUACAUAAAUAUAAAAACAAUGAAUUAAUAUAUAUAUUAUAUAUAUAUAAAUAUCAUAAUUAUUUAAAUCCAUUUUUAAUAUUACAUAUAAUAGAUAAACUAUGUUGUGAUAAUUAUAUAUAUAAUAUGAAUAUGAAAGAAUUUGUAUUUUUAUUAGAUAUUUUAAACGUGCCACUUGUUAUGACAAAUAAAUUUAUUGAAAGUGUUAUGGAUUAUAUAAAUAUGAAUAAAAAUAAAAUAAUAAAUUGUAAAUAUUAUUUUGAUAUAGCUUAUUUUUUAGCGAACAAUAAUUUGUAUAAUGAAUAUAUAUUUGAUACAAUUUCUAAAUAUUAUACUGAACAUUCUUGUAACUUUGAGUUAUCCAUUUUUUAUAUGUUUAAUAAUGAAAAGAAUAAUAUUAAUAUUAAUAAGAAUAAGAAUAAUUUUCCUAUUAAAGGGAGCUACAACAUAAAUAAUAACAACGUAGACAUAAAAUUAUAUGAAGAAUUAAUAAAAAAUGAUGAUUAUUUAAAUGUUAAAGAAAGGAAUAUGUUAACAUAUGUAGACGGUGAUAAUAGUUUUUGUGACAAUAUAUAUGAUAGUAAUAAUAUUAUAAAUUUUAAGAGAGAAAUACAUAAACAUUUAUAUGUACUAUCUAAAUAUGGAUAUAAGAAUAUACAAAUAUAUAAUAACAUGUUUAAGAUAAUAAUUUUUACAUGUAACCAUUUUAAACCUUUUGAAAUUAGUUCAAUUUUCAAAUCUUUAAAAAAUAUAAAUUAUUUUAAUAUUUUUUUAUUAGAAAAAUUAACUAGUACAUUAAAAAGAAAUAUUAGUCAAUAUAAGACAAGCUUAUUAUUGGACUGUUUAAACACAUUAUCUUUUUUUAAUUACAGAGAUGAUAAUAUUAUAACUACAAUAUUAAUUAAUUUACCAAGGAAUAUAUCAACAUAUACGUCUAAUAAUUUUUUAAAAUUAGUAUAUUUUUUCAAUAAUUUUAUUCCUUUUUCAAUAUAUUUACAAAUAUUUUUAAAUAAACAAAUUUGUAUAUUUUCUUCAUCUUUUGGAUUAUCUCAUCUUAUUUCUUUAUUAAAAAUAUUUACUCAACAAAAUUUAAUAUCUAAUCCUAUUUUAUAUUUGUUAAAAAUAAAAAUUAGUAAAUAUAUUAAAUCAUUAAUAUAUAAUGAUAUAAAAAGUAAACAUAUAAAUGAAAAAGCUUUUGAAACCUUUUCUUCAAUAAAUGACACACGCAAUAUAAAAAUAAGUUAUAAAGAUAUAUAUACAAUAUUAUAUCAUAUGCAUUUUAUGAGAAUACAAUAUGUGGAUUUGGCUAUAAAAUGUAUAGAAUGUAUGUUUUAUAUGGAAAAAAAUUUUAAAAAUAUAUUUUCUCAAGAUAUAGAAUAUAUAACCAAUUCAUGUUGUCUUUUUUUAUUACUUAAUGAUAAUUAUGAUGAUCCAUUUUUUAGAAAAUUUGUAAAUCUUUAUAUAGAAAGUUUUUUUUCUUUUAUCGAUUCAAAUUUUGUAAAAAAUGAAUCACUGGAAAAAACAAAUGAAAGUAUUAAUAAUUAUUUGGAAAUGGAAAAAAUAAAUGAUGAUAUACAUUUAGCACAUUAUGAAGAAAAAAAUGGAACAGUAUAUUUUAAUAAUAAAAUUAAUUGUAAUGAACAAAUUGUAGAUAAAAAGGAUAUACAUAUGGCAUUUAAUAAAAAUAAAAAUAAAAAUAUUUACGCAAUAAUCAUAUUAACACUUAUAUAUGAAUUAAUAUAUAAACGUUCAAUAAAAAAAAAUUCAUCAAAUGUAAUAUACAACUUUAAUUUGGAAUAUAUAAAAAAUAAUAUAUAUGUCUUUUUACAAUACUUUAAUAAUAAAAAUAAUGAAAAGGAAAAAUGUGAUACUAUAUAUAUACUUGAGAAAUUAUUUCCAUUAGUAUAUUUUCCCAAUAUAAAUCCUAUACAUUUGAAAAAUAUAAGUAGAAAUAAUUAUUAUAUAUCUACUUUCAAUUUAACAUAUUUUCAAAAUGGAUAUAAUAAUUAUUUAAAAAGUGAACAUAUUAAAAAGGAAAUGAUAUCCAACCAAUAUAUACUUAAUGAAAUAUAUAAAAUAUUAAUAAGUUUAAAACAAAAGGAUUAUAUUUUUAAAUUGAUAAAUAAAAGUCAGAAAAUAUCUUUCUUUUUAUAUAUUCAUUAUAUAUAUAUAAAAAAUAUAAGAAAUGGAGAUAAAAUAGCCAUCUUAUUUGCACCAAAAAAUUAUUAUUAUAAUACAAUUGAUGAUGCUAAUUUUGGAUUAACUUCUAAAAUGGGAAAAACAUUAUUUGAAAAGAAACAUUUUACAAAAGAAGCUAUAGCACUAUUAGAGUAUUUUAAAAUAUAUUUUAAUAAGGUAUAUUUAGUAGACUAUUAUACAUGGGAAAAUAUGAUAAACAUACAGGAAAAAAAGAAUUAUUUUGUAAAUUUGUUUAAUAUAUGA